CAGAGCUCUCUGUAGACACAUCUCUUGCCACAAUGCAGAUGCCAAUCUUCUGGACGCUGGCGACAGCCGCUGUACUUUCGGCGUCGGUCACGGCUGACCCCCAGUACGGCUACGGCGAUACCUUAAGCGGAUACGGCUCGGACAUACCGGUCAUCCGGUACACGGGCGGAAGUGGUGGAGGAUACGGCUCUAGUGGUGGAGGAUACGGCGGAAGUGUUGGAGGAUACGGCUCUAGUAGUGGAGGAUACGGCUCCAGUGGUGGAGGCUACGGCUCUAGUGGUGGAGGAUACGGCUCCAGUGAUGGAGGCUACGGCACUUCUGACGGAGGAUACGACUCCCACGGGAGUAGCGGAGGCGUCUACAGCGGGCUCUCGGCCAGUUCCGACUCCUACGGGAGUGGUGGGGGAUACGGAGGGUCGUCUUCGUCUGGAGGAGCCCACGUCGCCAAGUGUUACGGCGGUGGCGUCAAGUACCAGACUACCUACGUGACGCAGAUUCAGGAGGUCCCGUUCUACGAGACCAUCGUCAAGCAGCAGUUCGUGACGACUCCAGUCGUCCAGCCAGUCUACAAAACCGUCAACAGCGUCAUCCUGGAAACCGUCACGGACGUCGAGUACGUCACGAACACGAGGUACAAGACCGUCGUCGACCUGGUGACGCAGCAGAGCGUCAUCUACAAGACAGUCUUCCUCCCCAUCUACGUCACUAAGACGGACCACAAGACCAACUACGUCACCACGACGUACGUCGCGCCCGUCACCGAGUACAAGACGGACUACGUCACGCAGGUGAAGACCGUCAAGCAGCCGAAGCUAGUGACGAAGACCCACGUCCACCACGGGACGGUCUACCUGACGCAGGACGUGCCCGAGUACCACACGACCUACAGCACUUACUACAAGACUCAGACUGUUUGCCCAAAUCCUGGGCACGAUUAUCACUGAUGUGAAGGUUUUUCUUUCAACUUAUCAAUUACUAGUUAUUCAUAAUCCACGAGGCUGUUUUUUUUCAGUUUGUUUCUGUUAUGUUUGACUGUUAGGUCCAGUUGGAACGUUUUUUUUUUUUUUUUUUUUUGUUUUU